AUGUAUGUGAAAUGGUUUGAUACAGGAAUGUUUUACUAUGUAAUAAUCAUUUUAAAAAAAAAUUUAAUUUUUAAAAAAUUUCAAAUUUGCCGCCGGUUCUGGCCCCCGUACGUCCCGACGUCACAGGGACCGGAACACGGAAGCCGGAUGUCGGCAUCGGCCGGAGGAGAUGGCCGGGGACGCUGCAGGGGACACAUUGCGGGAGCGAAGGACAAGGUAAGUGCUGCAGGGAAUCCAUGAGCAACGCCGCAUGGUAUUCCCGAGUGUAGCUCGGGGUAAAGUUUCAGCACCACAAGCGGUAACCCCCCCGAGCUACACUCGGGAAUACACUGCAGCG